AUGGCAGCACAGCAUCACGUGAAUUUUCAUGGCGGUGUUGUAGGGCUGGCCCCGUAUCGUCUUGUGAUUUCACCAAAAAUUGCUGUUUCGAUUUUAAUAGUGUUAAACAGCAUUAAUCUUUAACUACCGGUGUUCAAGAUGAGCGAAUACUGGCUAAUCAGCGCCCCUGGCGACAAGACCUGCCAGCAGACUUGGGACACCCUCAAUAAUGCGACUAAAUCGGGCAACCUCAGUGUCAACUACAAAUUCCCAAUACCCGACUUGAAGGUUGGUACAUUGGAUCAGUUGGUGGGGUUGUCAGAUGACCUCGGGAAACUUGACACCUUCGUGGAGGCAGUCACUAGAAAAGUUGCUCAGUAUCUCGGUGAGGUACUGGAAGACCAACGUGACAAACUCCAUGAGAAUUUGAUGGCAAAUAACAGCGACCUGCCCACCUAUUUGACCCGUUUUCAAUGGGACAUGGCAAAGUAUCCCAUCAAGCAGAGUCUUCGCAACAUCGCCGAUAUCAUCAGUAAACAGGUGGGGCAGAUCGACGCGGACCUUAAAGUCAAGUCGGCCGCCUACAACUCUCUGAAGGGCAACCUACAGAACUUAGAGAAGAAACAAACUGGCAGCCUGCUGACGCGCAACCUGGCGGACCUGGUGAAGAAGGAGCACUUCAUCCUCGACAGCGAGUACCUCACCACGCUGCUUGUCAUCGUUCCCAAGUCGAUGUUCAACGAUUGGAAUGCGAACUACGAAAAGAUCACCAACAUGAUCGUACCGCGCUCUUCGCAGCUCAUCCAUCAGGACAAUGACUAUGGGCUGUUCACUGUCACGCUCUUCAAGAAGGUGGUGGACGAGUUCAAGCUACACGCUCGCGAGCGCAAGUUCAUCGUGCGCGAGUUCUCUUACAAUGAAGCCGACCUCGCCGCCGGCAAGAACGAGAUCACCAAACUUGUCACUGACAAGAAGAAACAGUUCGGUCCGCUGGUGCGAUGGUUGAAGGUGAACUUCUCCGAGUGCUUCUGCGCCUGGAUACACGUCAAAGCCUUAAGAGUAUUCGUCGAGUCCGUGCUUAGGUACGGGUUGCCGGUGAACUUCCAAGCGGUGGUGAUGGUGCCGGCGCGCAAGAGCAUGAAGAAGCUGCGCGACGUGCUGCAGCAGCUGUACGCGCACCUCGACCACUCCGCGCAGCAGCACGGACAGAACGCGGCAGACACGGCAGAGCUGGCGGGUCUCGGGUUCGGGCAGUCGGAGUACUUCCCCUACGUGUUCUACAAGAUCAACAUCGAGAUGGUGGACAAGAUAUAAACCCACAACACAUCACAUACAAUACUAUUUAUAGGUAAUGUUACCAGGCGAAGCUGCUGUAUGUGUGUCCAAAUAAGUGCUAGCGAACAAUAGAUACAAUUUUUAACAUUUGACAUCCUUAUCCUUUUCCAAAUCCAAGACUAUAUUAUUAUUACACUCCUUGAUGAAAACUAUUUCAACUGAAAAAAGUUUAACAAAAAAAUACUGUUUUUUUCUGACUGAUUCUAAAUCUACAGAAGAUAUUAAAAUUUUAUAAAAAGAUUUAAGAUGAAUUAUUGUGCUUAGAAUUGAGUCAAGGAUCAGAAACUGAGGUAAAAUCAAAAGGCAAGAUUUUUGAGUUGAACCAGUUUUGAUCUAGGGGCGCAAAUUAUGUUAAUAUACCUUUUAUUUCUACAUUUUUUUUAUUAUGUACAGAUAUUUUUUGAUGUUUUGUGUGUUUCAUCAAGUCAGGUUGUUGACACUGUACUAUAUUUAUAAUAAUUUUAAUGAAAUAAUGAAUGAAAGUAUAUUUAUUAAGAUGCCAUCUAGAAUAAUUCGAGCUUUGGCAAAAAUUCCGUGAAUUAAAAAUUCCGGUAGAUGAAAUAUUUUUUUAAACGCAACAAUUUUAUUUUUUCAGUAUUAAAGUUGCGUCGUUUUAGAGUAGUUCUUUCGCGACACUGUAUAAAUGAAUAAAUAAAUAAAUGAAAUAAAUUGUUCAGUAAAUAAAUUAUAUUGGAGUUUAUGCAAGAGCUAUGUAAAUAAGAACAUUCCUCAUUAUAACUUGUGUAGUACAUAAUAAAAUAUUAUUCAAGUUACUGUU